AUGGCCGCCUCCAGAAUGUUCCGUCCCACCUCGCGUCUGGUGUCAGCAUCAAUUGCCCGCCCUGCUCGCACUUUCCGCCCCGUCGCAAUCUCAAGACACUAUGCUUCCCAAGGCGGCGUCAAGGAGAUGACGGUCAGAGAGGCUUUGAACGAGGCCAUGGCCGAGGAGAUGGAGAGAAACGACAAGGUCUUUGUCUUGGGUGAGGAGGUUGCCCAAUACAACGGAGCAUACAAGGUCACCAAGGGCCUGCUUGACCGCUUCGGCGAGAAGAGAGUCAUCGACUCGCCCAUCACCGAGUCUGGUUUCACCGGUCUCACCGUCGGUGCCGCCCUCGCCGGCCUCCACCCCGUCUGCGAGUUCAUGACCUUCAACUUCGCCAUGCAGGCCAUCGAUCAGAUCAUCAACUCGGCCGCAAAGACCCACUACAUGUCUGGUGGUAUCCAGCCUUGCAACAUCACCUUCCGUGGCCCCAACGGUUUCGCUUCUGGUGUCGCUGCCCAGCACUCGCAAGAUUACUCGGCCUGGUACGGCUCUAUUCCCGGUCUCAAGGUCGUUUCUCCUUACAGCGCAGAGGAUGCCAAGGGCCUCAUGAAGGCCGCCAUCAGAGAUCCCAACCCCGUUGUUGUCCUCGAGAACGAGCUUCUUUACGGUCUGUCCUUCCCCAUGAGCGAGGAGGCCCAGAGAGACGACUUUGUCAUUCCUUUCGGCAAGGCCAAGAUCGAGCGCCCCGGAAAGGACCUUACCAUCGUUACCCUCUCCCGCUGUGUUGGCCAGUCGCUGGUCGCCGCCGAGCAGCUCAAGCAAAAAUACGGCAUUGAGGCCGAGGUCAUCAACCUUCGUUCCAUCAAGCCCCUUGACGUUGGUGCUAUCGUCAAGUCAGUAAAGAAGACUGGUCACAUGAUGGCCGUCGAGUCUGGUUUCCCCAGCUUCGGUGUUGGUGCUGAGCUUAUCGCUCUUACCGCAGAGUACGCCUGGGAUUACCUGGAGGCUCCCCCAGUCAGAGUCACCGGUGCCGAGGUUCCUACUCCUUACGCCCAGAAGCUCGAGGAGAUGUCAUUCCCCAGUGAGCAGCUGAUCGUCGACUACGCCGCUAAGCUGUUGCGCGUCUAG